GGGAGGAAAACGUUAGCUUUUGUUGUAACUUUUUUUCUUCGACCUCGGUUCAGUCCAUGACGCACGGCGCAGGAGCAGGACGCACGAAAACUAUGAUGGCUAGAUAGCACCAGGAAGAAAGAGAAAAUGUCGUUCUUUGGCCUUGAUUGUGUGAAGAAGCGAGAGAGAGAGUUGGAGAGGAAACUCCACGCCAACGAUCGAGAAUACAACCUGUCCUUUAAAUAUGCAACAAAUGCCAUCAAGACCUCUAAAUACAACCUAUUCACGUUCCUACCUCUCAACCUGUUUGAGCAGUUCCAGAGGAUUGCUAACGCUUACUUCCUUUUUCUGCUGGUACUCCAGGUCAUUCCUCAGAUCUCCUCACUGUCCUGGUUCACAACUGUUGUUCCUCUGGUCCUCGUGCUAACAGUCACUGCUGCCAAGGAUGCCACUGAUGAUAUUCAUCGCCACAGAAGUGACAAUCAAGUCAACAACCGUAAAGUUCAAGUGCUGAUUGACAGAAAGCUGCGGAGCGAGAAAUGGAUGAACGUCCAAGUAGGAGACAUCAUCAAGCUGGAAAACAACCAGUUUGUUACUGCUGACCUCCUCUUGCUCUCCAGCAGUGAACCAUUAAACCUGGUGUACAUUGAGACAGCUGAACUCGAUGGAGAGACCAACCUGAAGGUGAGACAAGCCCUGCCCAUUACAGGAGACCUGGGAGACAACAUCGAAAGUCUGGCAGACUUUAACGGUGAAGUACGCUGUGAACCCCCCAACAACCGCCUUGACCGCUUUACUGGAACCCUAACCUACGGUGGUCAGAAGUUCUCUCUGGACAAUGAAAAGAUCCUGUUAAGGGGCUGCACCCUGAGGAACACCGACUGGUGCUUUGGACUGGUGCUGUUUGGAGGUCCAGAAACAAAGCUGAUGCAGAACUGUGGGAAGACCACGUUUAAGAGGACCAGUAUUGACCGUUUAAUGAACGUCUUGGUUAUCUGUAUUUUUGGUUUCCUGGCCUUCAUGUGCACCAUCCUUGCCAUAGGAAACACUUUCUGGGAGAUAAAUGAGGGAUCUCAGUUCACAGUCUUCCUGCCUAGACAAGAUGGAAAUGAUGCUACCUUGUCUGCUUUCCUCACCUUCUGGUCUUAUGUCAUCAUUCUCAACACUGUGGUGCCAAUCUCUCUCUACGUUAGUGUGGAGAUUAUUCGGCUGGGGAACAGCUUCUACAUCGAAUGGGACAGAAAGAUGUACCACACACGCAGCGACACCCCCGCCGAGGCUCGUACCACCACACUGAAUGAGGAGCUGGGUCAAAUCAAGUACAUCUUCAGUGACAAAACAGGGACACUCACACAGAAUGUCAUGACUUUCAACAAGUGCUCCAUCAAUGGAAAAUCCUAUGGCGAUGUGUUUGACUACACAGGCCAACGACUCGAAGUUACUGAGUUUACAGACAAAGUGGACUUCUCCUUCAACCCGCUAGCUGACACCCGUUUCAUCUUCCAUGACCACGCCCUGGUAGAGGCGGUGAAGCUGGAGAACCCAGAGGUUCAAGCCUUCUUCAGACUGCUGGCCCUCUGCCACACGGUUAUGGUCGAGGAGAAAAACGAAGGCGAGCUCAUCUACCAGGCUCAGUCUCCAGAUGAGGGAGCGUUGGUAACAGCUGCCAGAAACUUUGGGUUUGUCUUCCGCUCGCGUACCCCGGACAGUGUUUGUACCGUGGAAAUGGGCCAACAGUGCAGCUAUGAACUCCUUUCUAUUCUGGAUUUCAACAAUGUGCGCAAGAGGAUGUCUGUUAUUGUUCGGAAUCCAGACGGAAAGUUGAUGCUCUAUUGUAAAGGUGCAGACACGAUCAUCUACGAGAGGUUGCACCAGUCCUGCAACAAGUUGAUGGAUGUCACCACAGAACACCUUAAUGAGUUUGCAGGGGAGGGUCUCCGCACCCUGGUUUUGGCCUACAAAGACCUGGAUGAGGAUUAUUUUAACCAGUGGACACAGCGCCAUCAUGAGGCCAGCAUAGCACUGGACAACCGGGAGAGCAAACUGGACCAACUCUCUGAGGAGAUCGAAAAGGACCUGCUGUUGCUCGGGGCAACAGCCAUAGAAGACAAGUUACAGGACGGAGUGCCUCAAACUAUUGAGCAGCUUUCCAAAGCUGACAUCAAAGUCUGGGUUUUGACCGGUGACAAGCAAGAAACUGCAGAAAACAUCGGGUACUCAUGCAACUUACUGCGGGAGGAGAUGAACGAAGUCUUCAUCAUCAACAGUAACACACCCGAAGACGUCAGACAGGAACUCAGAAAUGCACGAACCUCCAUGAAGCCCGAAGCAGCAGAGAAUACAGAGUUUUUACCAGAGAGGACUGCAGGUAAACCUGUGAAUAUGAUCGCAGACGAGGUGGUAAAUGGAGAGUACGGCCUCGUUAUCAACGGACACAGUCUGGCAUAUGCCCUGGAGUGCAGCAUGGAGCUGGAGUUCCUGAGGACGGCCUGUAUGUGCAAAGCAGUGAUCUGCUGCCGAGUUACUCCUUUGCAGAAGGCUCAAGUGGUCGAGCUCGUAAAGAAGUACAAGCAGGCAGUCACACUGGCUAUAGGGGAUGGUGCCAAUGACGUCAGCAUGAUCAAAGUGGCCCACAUAGGUGUGGGCAUUUCAGGUCAGGAGGGCAUGCAGGCCGUGCUUUCCAGUGACUACUCCUUUGCCCAGUUCCGUUUCCUGCAGCGCCUCCUACUGGUGCACGGUCGAUGGUCCUACUUGCGCAUGUGCAAGUUCCUGCGCUACUUCUUCUACAAGAACUUCACAUUCACCUUCGUCCACUUCUGGUACGCCUUCUUCUGUGGCUUCUCUGCCCAGACAGUGUAUGAUGAGUGGUUCAUAACGCUGUACAAUCUGGUGUACACAGCACUGCCCGUACUGGGAAUGAGUCUGUUUGAUCAGGAUGUGAACGAUGCUUGGAGUUUCCAGCAUCCUCAACUCUACAUUCCUGGUCAGCUCAACCUGUAUUUCAGCAAGACAGCCUUCUUCAAAUGUGCCCUCCACAGCUGCUACAGCUCCCUGCUGCUCUUCUUCAUCCCGUACGCUGCCAUGCAAGACACAGUGAGGCAUGAUGGGAAGGACGUGGCAGACUAUCAGUCCUUUGCCCUCCUCACGCAGACGUGCCUGCUGUUUGCCGUCAGUAUCCAGAUGGGGUUGGAGAUAUCAUAUUGGACAGCAGUUAACACUUUCUUCGUGGUAGGCAGUCUGGCCAUGUACUUUGUGGUGACCUUCGCCAUGUACAGUGACGGGAUGUUCCUCAUGUUGCCUUCAGCCUUCCCUUUUAUCGGAACAGCCAGAAACACGCUCAGUCAGAUGAACGUCUGGUUGACAAUCCUCCUCACCUCCAUCCUGUGCAUCCUCCCUGUGAUUACACUUCGCUUCCUGCUCAUCCAGCUCUGCCCCACCAUCAAUGAUAAGGUGAUGUUUAAGAUGAGACAGGCCAAAGCAACACCUCUUCCUCCUCCUCGACGUGCCCGCAUACGGAGAACCAGUUCCCGCCGUUCAGGCUACGCCUUCUCGCACGCUCAAGGCUAUGGUGACCUGGUAACUUCAGGGCGAUUUCUACGCCGUCCUGCAGUGUCACGAUCAUUGGGUUUCCCCCACACGGGUCGCACCACCACAGGCUUCAGUCCGAUGGGACGAUCAGCUGGCUACAGCCCAACAGGACGCCCCCAGAACAGCAAAUCACAAGAUGUGGAGGUGACAUCUCUGCAGAUGUACAGGACCAUCAGAGAUCCUGCCCUCUGACACGCGGCAGUUGAAUGCCAUUAAUGGACACGGAUGUUUUUUACAUCUUUGCCAUGAAGAACCUGCCUGGGCUGGGGCAUCUCUCACGAGUAUAUGCAAUAAUGUACAUGGUCAUCUUUUUAUGAGUUUAUGGAGACUAUUCUCCAGCUCAUCUCACGUCAAGUCAGCCAAGUAAAAACUACAAGCGGCUGAGACACUAGAAGCAGUAACAAGGUGAUUCAUUUCUAAUUUAUUUAUAUAAACCAAAAUCAAAAAUGUGUGACUUUAAGAUCUACAUCAUCUCUCUGCACUUGUUCCGUUUGCAUCAGAUGAGGAACUAGCUGAUGGAGAGACCUUUUUGUUUGUCUGCACUCAUGUAUUAGCAGAAGGGAACUAAUGAAAAAUGAGAAGUGUCGCCAAGUUUACAGAAGACCAAAUGUGUGACGCACCCACAAGUACAACAGGGCAGAGCACAGAAGAAAUAACCAUCAACGCCUUUUCCUUUAACAUUUAAAUCAUGCACCACAAGUGUCCUUUUUUUAGCAUUUUAUUUUAGUUUCAAAAGCUGUAAUUGGUACUUCGCACUUAGGCAGUGUCGUGGCCAUAUGUAUACAGUUUAUGGUCAUGUCGCAGUGUUGUCAGUGGCUGAAAAGAAACGUUUUGGUUUUUAACAUAUCACAUUUUAUAUGUGAUCAGAAUUCUAUGCAAGUAGCUCACAGUGGCUGUAACGCUUGGAAUUACUAUUUUUGAAAUGGUAAUUUGGCAGGCAGUAGGAGAUGCCUUCACUGUGACAUACCCUUUUUAAUUACACUUCAUGUUUAGGUACACUUUGUUUAACUUACAUCAUUUUUGAAAAAAUUACAUAUAUAGCACCAUUAUCAAAUAAAAUACAUAGUGUUAUAACCAGGGCUUUAAACCAUUUUUUUAUUUUCUUUUUCAAUCAGUUCCUUCAGAGCAGAAUCAGUAUUUUUACAUUGUAAAAUUAUAAUUUCUGAAGUGGUUAGAACCUACAUAAAUAGUAAUGCUGCAUGUAAGACUGUGUAACAGAACAAUGUGUAUAUUUUGGGCAUUAUAAAAAUGGCUAUUGGCAUAGGCUAUCUUUUACUUUGUAGUCCAUCCUUAAAACUGCAGUUAACAAGCUAGCUAUGUUACGCUGGGCACACUGUUUAGCCUAACCAGAGCUAGCUAACAAUUUCUGACAUUAUUUCUCUUUACAUAUUAGCUGAUCAACCUAAGGUCUAAUGCCAACAUUUAGAAGGUAAUUAGCAAAAUAU